CAAGCUCUGUUCUUCAUCCAUCUGUUUCACGUCUCCACUAGGCAACACGCCGUUCGAGAAAUUUAUAGUACAAUGCCGACCCUCGACCGAUCGAUCAUCCUCUUGAUCACGCUCUUCACUUGCCUUGCCUCUUGCACGGGGGCGAUAAGGGUGAUCGAAGCUCCACCUUUGCCUGUUGCUACAUCAAACCCGGGCCACAGCCUUGCCCAGAGGCUAGAGGCGGCUGCUGGAGGGGCCACGCUGGUGGACUGCUGGGAUGCGCUGGUGGAGCUCAAGUCGUGCUCGAACGAGAUCAUCCUCUUCUUCCUCAAUGGAGAGACGAGCCUCGGGGCCCCUUGCUGCGCCGCCGUCGAUAUCAUCACUCGUAGCUGCUGGCCCGCUAUGCUGACCUCCCUCGGGUUCACUCCUGAGGAAGGAAACAUUCUCCGAGGCUACUGCGACGCCAAGGCCGCUGGCCCCGCCCCCUCCCCGGCCUCUUCUUCUUCGCCGUAGUUCAUCGACUCUGAGAACAUUAUGCUAAUACAAUAUGAAGGUUUUACCUUUAAAUGCCACUUUUGUUGAAUAACUAUCGGAGGUGUAUUGGGUGUAGAUAUGCUUUGUCAAUCGAAAUAUACAAUCUCCCAAUAUUCUUUCGGUUUUUAA